ACGCUUUAUAUUUAGAGCUAUAAUUCACCUUACUGGUUCACUUCAAACGUGCCUGACCCUUCACGACCCAGUUUGGAGUUUUCUUGGCAAAGUUUAUGAAAUGGGCGAUUCUGAUGAUGAUGACAUCCCUCAGCUUUCUUCCCAUACCCUAGCAGCUCUGCAGGAAUUUUAUGAUGAACAGCAGCAGCGAAAGACUGACCCUGGUGAAGAUAAUAAAUAUAACAUUGGGGUAAUAGAAGAAAAUUGGCAAUUGAGUCAGUUUUGGUACAGUGAAGAAACAGCAUUACGAUUAGCUUCUGAAGCUAUUAUGGCUGCCGGUAAAGGUGGAAGGAUAGCAUGUGUCAGUGCCCCAAGUGUUUACCAGAAAUUGAGAGAGUUGAAUGGGGAAGACUUUUCCAUAUGUAUCUUGGAAUAUGACAAAAGAUUUGCAGUCUAUGGAGAGGAGUUUAUCUACUAUGAUUACAACAAUCCUUUAAAUUUGCCCAAAAAGCUUAUUCCACAUAGUUUUGACAUUGUUAUUGCUGAUCCACCUUACCUUUCUGAAGAAUGUCUCAGAAAAACAGCAGAAACGAUCAAGUACCUAACACAAGGAAAGAUUUUGCUCUGCACAGGUGCUAUCAUGGAGAAGGAGGCAGCAGAACUUCUUGGGGUGAAGAUGUGCAGAUUUAUUCCAAAACACACUCGAAAUUUGGCAAAUGAAUUUCGAUGUUAUGUCAAUUAUGAUUCUGGGCUGAAUUCUGAAGUCAGUUGUUCAUAGCACUAUAAUAGGAGAGAAGUCCUGAAUAAAAUGCUCUAUUUCC